CUUCUAAAAUCCUUCUCUCUUGUUUCCGUUUCACAAAAUGUCAUUGGAACUCUGCUCCUUGUUCUUGCCGCUAUUGGCCUGCUCAACCACACUCACCUUCAAUGUCUUUUGCGGUUUUCUGCUCCUAGUAGCCGUGUUUGGUUACUGGCUGGUUCCUGGUGGUCUUGCUUGGGCUUUGUCCAAGUUUAGACUGGAAUCAACUCUCAACAACAAAGCUGUGAUUCCCGGACCUUCUGGUUUCCCAGUGCUUGGUCUGGUUUCAGCUUUUACAGGGACUCUAACUCACAGGGUCCUUGCAAAGCUCGCUGACACCUUCAUGGCCAAGCCUUUGAUGGCAUUCUCUGUGGGGUUCACUCGUUUUGUUAUUUCCAGUGAGCCAGACACAGCCAAAGAGAUUUUGAACAGUUCAGCUUUUGCGGAUCGACCUGUUAAGGAAUCCGCUUAUGAGCUUCUCUUUCACCGAGCCAUGGGGUUUGCGCCUUACGGUGAGUACUGGAGGAAUCUUAGGAGGAUUUCUGCCACUCACAUGUUCUCUCCUCGGAGGAUUGCUGCCUCUGGAGAGUUUCGGGCCCAUGUUGGGAGUCAGAUGGUGAGGGAGAUCAUAGGCUUGAUGGAAAGGGACAGUGAGGUGGAGGUGAGAAAAGUGUUGCAUUUUGGGUCGUUGAAUAAUGUGAUGAUGAGCGUCUUUGGGAGGAGUUAUGAGUUUGGUGAGGGUGGUGAGGGGUGUGAGCUUGAGGAGUUGGUGGGGGAAGGGUAUGAUUUGCUUGGAAGUUUUAACUGGAGUGACCACUUUACUGUCUUGGGUUGGUUGGAUUUGCAAGGUGUGAGGAGGAGGUGUAGGUAUCUGGUGGCUAGAGUGAAUGUUUUUGUUGGGAAAAUCAUAUUGGAGCAUAGGGUGAAAAGGGCUGUUGAAGGUGAAGGUAAGGCCCUGAAUGAGAGUUCAGGUGAUUUUGUUGAUGUGCUGCUGGAUUUGGAGAAGGAGAACAUGCUUCAACACUCUGAUAUGGUUGCUGUUUUGUGGGAAAUGAUCUUUAGAGGGACCGAUACCGUGGCAAUUCUUCUAGAGUGGAUUCUUGCUAGGAUGGUUAUGCACCCAGAAAUUCAAGCCAAGGCACAAUAUGAAAUUGACUCAGUUGUUGGCUAUGGCCGCAGUGUGACUGAUCUUGACCUUCCCAACCUUCCUUACCUACGCGCCAUAGUGAAGGAAACUUUGAGGAUGCAUCCACCGGGUCCUCUACUUUCUUGGGCCAGGCUUGCAAUCCAUGACACAAACAUUGGUCAUCACUUUAUUCCAGCUGGCACUACUGCUAUGGUGAAUAUGUGGGCUAUUACACAUGACCAAAAAGUGUGGUCUGAUCCAGAACAGUUCAAGCCAGAGCGUUUUCUACUAGAGGAUGUGCCAAUUAUGGGGUCAGAUCUUAGGUUGGCACCUUUUGGUUCUGGAAGAAGGGUGUGUCCUGGAAAAGCUAUGGGCUUAGCCACUGUUGAGAUUUGGCUUGCUAUGUUCCUUCAAAGCUUCAACUGGGUGCCUUGUGAUGAUUCUGGAGUGGACUUCUCUGAGUGCUUGAAACUCUCUCUGGAGAUGAAAUCCUCUCUGGUCUCCAUGGCUGUUAGGAGGAAUGCUGGUUGCAUUUAUGAAGACUGA